AUGUUUACCUGGUCUAGCCUUAUCACGGCCCUUGCUCUUGUCAAUGUGGUCCUUGGUGGACCUACUCUCGACAAACGACAGUACUAUCCCGGCUGUUCGCAGAUUGAAGCAUACUCAUGCGGCACUUCCCCCAACUGUUAUCCAAAUGCUAAAUGGUGCCUGGUUGGCCAAGGAGCUGGCCAAGUCAACGUAUGCUGUGUCUAA